ACACACUUCACAUUUCACACAUUUCACACAAACAGUACAAAAGGAAGUAAUAGUCAUGGCUAAGUUGGCUUCCUUCAUCGCUCUUCUCUUCGCUGCUCUUGUUCUCUUUUCUGCUUUUGCACCAGCAAUGGUGAAAGCUCAGAAGUUGUGCGAGAAGCCAAGUGGGACAUGGUCAGGAGUUUGUGGAAACAGUAAUGCUUGCAAGAACCAGUGCAUUAACCUUGAGGGGGCUCGACAUGGAUCUUGCAAUUAUGUCUUCCCAGCUCAUAAAUGUAUCUGCUACGUCCCAUGUUAAUCUACCAAAACAUUGGUGCUUGUGUGUUUAUUACGUUUUCUUGUGUGUUUAUCUACAUUCAAUAUGUCUGUGUCUGCUUGUGUGUUUAUUACGUUUUCUUGUGUUUUUGUCUACAUUCAAUAAGUCUGUGUCACUCUUUGAGUGACCUUAUGACAUGUACCAGACUACCAGUUAUGUAUGUUUAUGUUGUAAUAGUAUAAACUUUCAUGUACUACGUAAUACUGUUUCUAUA